AUGAAAUACGUUGUUGUCUCCGGUGGUGUCAUUUCGGGAAUCGGUAAGGGCGUGCUUGCGUCGUCCACCGGUUUGCUUUUCAAGACCUUGGGUUUCAGAGUCACCUCCAUCAAAAUCGACCCAUACAUGAACAUCGACGCGGGUACAAUGUCUCCCUUGGAGCAUGGUGAGUGUUUUGUUUUGAACGACGGUGGAGAGGUCGACUUGGACUUGGGAAACUACGAGCGGUACUUGAACAUCACCUUGACCAGAGACCACAACAUCACCACGGGGAAGAUCUACUCGCAUGUUAUUGAGAGAGAAAGAAAAGGUGACUACUUGGGCAAGACGGUGCAGGUUGUUCCACACAUCACUGAGGCCAUCCAGCAGUGGAUUGAAAGAGUCGCCAGAAUCCCUGUGGACGAAUCUGGCUUGGAGCCAGAGGUGUGUAUCGUAGAGUUGGGUGGUACUGUGGGAGACAUUGAGAGUGCUCCAUUUGUGGAGGCCUUGAGACAGUUCCAGUUCAGAGUGGGGCUGGAGAACUUCGCCUUGAUUCAUGUUUCGCUCGUUUUGGUGAUUCACGGUGAACAGAAAACUAAACCAACCCAGGCGGCCAUCAAGGAAUUGCGCUCCCUCGGUUUGAACCCAGACAUGAUUGCGUGCAGAUGCUCAGAGGAGUUGGAAGUGGCUACCGUUCAAAAGAUCGGCAUGUUCUGCCACACGGGUCCCGAGCAGGUGGUAGCCAUCAGAGACGUCAACUCCACCUACCACGUGCCACUCUUGUUGCAAGAGCAGCGCAUGAUGAAGUUCUUGCUGAAAAAGUUGCAUUUGGAUAAAGUCGACUUGACAGAAGCCGCAAGGGCCAAGGGCGCAGCUCUUUUGUCCUCGUGGAGAAAGUUGACCUCUGCUCACGACAAGUCUGUCGAACAAGUCACCAUCGCCCUUGUAGGUAAGUACACCAACUUAAAAGACUCGUACCUUUCAGUGAUCAAGGCAUUGGAGCACUCGGCCAUGCGCUGCUACCGCAAGUUGAAGAUCGAGUGGGUCGAGUCGAGCGACUUGGAGAUUGAGACCAAGGAGUCCUCUCUCGCUGACUACCACAAAGCAUGGCACUUGGUGUGCCAAGCGGACGGUAUUCUUGUUCCUGGAGGUUUCGGUUCUAGAGGUAUUGAGGGAAUGAUCGCCGCCGCAAACUAUGCCAGAGUUAACAAUGUGCCAUACUUGGGUGUGUGCUUGGGUUUGCAGGUUGCUGUCAUUGAGUUUGUCAGAAACAUGGUGGGCAUUGAGGGCUCUACCUCGAUGGAGUUCCACCCUGAGGCCAGUGAAGAAACCUCCUCCGUGGUGUACAUGCCAGACGUUGACCAGAUCAACUUGGGAGGUACCAUGCGAUUGGGUAUUCAUGCUACGAAGUUUGUUGAGGACUCAGAGUGGUCGAAGUUGAGAAAGUUGUACGGCGGUGCCGACUCUGUGCUUGAGAGACACAGACACAGAUACGAGGUCAAUCCAAAGUUGAUUGACAGAAUCGAGACGAAGGGGUUGAAGUUCAUUGGUAAGGACGAGACCGAAAAGAGAAUGGAAAUCAUUGAGCUUCAGCAUCACAAGUUCUUCGUUGGCACCCAGUACCACCCAGAGUAUUGUUCCAAGGUGUUGGACCCAUCGAGACCAUUCUUGGGAUUGGUGGCUGCCUCGGCAGGUAUUUUGGAUGAUGUCAUGGCCAGACCCGACAUCCACGAGAAGGGGGAGUUUUAA